UUUACAUCAGGGGAACAGUACAUAAGGAGCAUAAAGAUGCUUUCUGCCUUUCACCCGAGAAUUUCUCAUUCUUUUCUUAAUUUUUUUCCCGCCUUUCACCUUCUCUAUCUCCAGUUAAUUUUUCCUGUUUGGUUCCCGAGAAAAUCACAAAAUAACCAAAGAAUAAAAUCAAGAAAAGGCAUCAAGAUUCCAGAUUCCCUCAAAAUUAGUUGCUAUUGAAAAAGCGAAGCAUUUGUCUCCAGCUGCUUCAAAUGAUUAUUCGCUCUAUAUUAUUGUUCUUCUUCCUUCUGGUCUCUCUGUCUUUCCCAAUCAGAAUUGAUAAGUGGUUAAUGGAAAUGUAGUUCGUCUUCAAGCAACAAAAGUAGAGAGGAGAAGACACUGGCUAUGAUAAAGCCAGAUGGAUUGUUAGGUAAUUACACGGAAAGGAUAAAAGAGGUCAUUUUGCAGUCUGGUUUCAGUAUUGUUACGGAAAUCAUCACUCAACUUGAUGAAGACCGUGCUUCAAUAUUUUACGCUGAGCACUCUUCCAAAAGUUUCUUUUCAAGUCUCAUCAAAUAUAUGACGAGACUAAGCAAAGGAUACAAGCAACUUUUAGUGUUGGCAAUGGUAUUGAAGAAGGAAAAUGCUGUUUCUGAUUGGCGUACUCUGAUUGGACCAACUGAUGCACGCAAAGCUAAGAUUACACACCCAGACAGUGUCAGAGCAAUGUGCGGGUUGGAUUCAGAAAGGAAUUGUGUACAUGGUUCAGACUCUUUGGAAUCAGCUCAAAGAGAAGUCUCCUUUUUCUUUAGGGAGUUAUCCUCAGUCAGCGGAAUAUUGGCAUUAUCUCAUUCAGCGGAAUAUGGUUAAAUUACAAGGAAUGCGAUUUUUCUUUUCUUUUGAGGCCAUAGACUAGUAAGGUCAAAUUUUGAUAAUCUCAUUGAUAUCUUUUUCUGUAGAUAUUUUUAAUAGUUUUUACAUCAUACUGCUUCUUAGACAUCUGAUAGAACAUCAGACCUAUGUGGUGUGACUUUUUGGUCUAUGCAUAGAGUUUGCUCUAAAGAGGCCUAGAUAUGUGCCAGCUGGUAUAUAUGGGCAUAUCUCAUGAUAUAGAUUCUAUUGAUAUAAACAGAAUGGAUUUACUUAGUCCAGAAUAAAUUGUACUCUAGCUGACUGAAGUAAUGGGCUGUUUUCCUGGCUAGAAUUCUCUUCUCUGUUAUUCUUUCAUUUGCAUGGAAAAAGAAGUAUUUAAACCCUGAA